ACGGAGAGAUUCAGUAUGGAUUUCAAGAUUCUUUUCGUUAAUCCGAUGACAGUAGUCAUUUAUCUCUUGAUGCUUUCGACAGUCACAGAUGCAAAUUGUAUAUUGCCUCCAGAACUUAGGAAUAUGGAGUGGAUCUAUAAUUAUAUCAGGCCAGAUAAUAAUCAACCGGUAACAACUACACUACGGUUUCAAAAUACAAUUCUAACAUCACCGUCAUCCAUAAAUUUUAACGCUUUUGGAACGACCAUAGACGCAUGGACUUGCAUAUCUAACUUAACAUUGUCAAAUACAGAAUCCGUUGUUCUUUUUAAGAGCGAUCAAAGUUAUACAACUGGACUUUUUAGUGGUAGUAGAUGGUUAUAUCUUUGUAUGAAAUUCACAAAGGUCACAGACAACUUGUUUUACUUCUACUUAUUAUCGGAUGUGGAUAAUACUAUAGUUCCAAAUGAGAGGGUAUUCAAUCCACCUCACAACAGUAUACCAGCUGAUACAGAACCACUGUGUAGUACGUUUUGUCAAUAUUCAACAGAACCAAAAAUACGUACACUACAAAAGACAGGUACUACCGAUGUUGUGCCAAGUGACGCAGCUUUGUGUACGCCUUGUGAAAAUCCAUGUGAAGAACAGGUAGUAGCUUGUGAAGACCUUAAUCCAGUAAAUUUCGCUACAAUAACUAACCAGACUGGUACAAACUACCAAGACACAAUAACUUAUGCUUGUAUCACUGGCUAUAAAUUGACUUCUGGUAGUCUGACUCGUCAAUGUAUGGCUAAUGAAAACUGGAGUGGAAGUCUUCCAGUCUGCGAGGUAGUAACUUGUGAAGACCUGGAUCCAGUAAAUUUCACUACAAUAACUUACCAGACUGGUACAAACUACCAAGACACAAUAACUUAUGCUUGUAUCACUGGCUAUAAAUUGACUUCUGGUAGUCUGACUCGUCAAUGUAUGGCUAAUGAAAACUGGAGUGGAAGUCUUCCAGUCUGCGAGGUAGUAGCUUGUGAAGAGCUUAAUCCAGUAAAUUUCGCUACAAUAAUUACCCAGACUGGUACAAACUACCAAGACACAAUAACUUAUGCUUGUAUCACUGGCUAUAAAUUGACGUCUGGUAGUCUGACUCGUCAAUGUAUGGCUAAUGGAAACUGGAGUGGAAAUCGUCCAGUGUGCCGUCAUCAUUGUCACAGUCACCGAAGAAGAAGGAGAUGAGAACACAUGACUACGAUGAGACUAUGCUGCAACAUGUGUUUAUCUGUUUAAGAUGCCUUUUAUGAAUGUUAGCAAACAUGUGACCAACAUUAAAGAUAUACAAAAAUG